UUGGGUUUUUUUUAAAAAAGAAAACACAACUGGUAACGUGCAAUGUGUUAGAUAACUAUCUGCUUAGAAAUUCGGUAACAGUUUAGAGCUACAAUUGCUAAUUCCGUCGGGAAUGUUUCAGGGCAGAUUUAACCUUUUUCUUUUUUUUUUAAAAAAAAAUCAAAUCCUUGUACUGAACCGAGUUGAUGUUUUUCAUAUGUAUGGACACCCUUUACCAACGCACUAAUUGCAAUGAUAGAAUUAUAGCGUAGAAUACAGCGCCUUUCACGCGGGAUAGAGUCCCGGAGCUACACCAGUCCGCGUGCUCCCACGCCCUGGAUUGAGUGAGAAAGGGAACGUGAGACCCAGUGGUCUCCAAAACACUGUGAACACUGCAAUUUCUCAAGAAGUAAGAGUGUGAAGAAAGUAGAGUUUAAAGAGUGUCGAGAUUAAACUAUACAGAACUGUAGCGGUUUAAAAAUAAUGGUUGAUUCGCACCUGUCCGGAAACAGAUCGGUCAUAUUUAGGACUGAUAUCAUUGCACGUUGCAACAUAUUGGGUUUCAACGACUAUAUUUCACCGCGUUUGGCUGCCACGGGGGUAAGUAUUAAGAGUGCAAUGUGAAAAGGGAUUCGCGCAUUUUGUCUCCAGUGUAUUUUCAUGUGACAUUCGCGUCUGAGGUGCUGAAAUCCUGAGUGUAUUGUGUACUCGAUCUCCAAAACAACACAAAGAAAUGAGUCGGCGGCAAGAGUAAGGUUGCUCAGGCAGUGUGACAAUCCGAGAUUGGGAAAAAUCAACCGCUGGACCAUUUAUUAUGGACCUUCUCCUGAGAGGCUGUGCCUGGAUCAGCAGCAGCAACAAGUCCUGACUUCUCAACGAAGCAACAACAAGUGGAUUCGGCAUUUCAACUCGCAUCGAAACCGCGUCUGCUUCACCUAUCGCUACUUAUGGCUCCUUUGAACGCGAGGAUUUAUUCUGUUCCACUGGCGUUCAUCCUAAUGGUACAUUGCUGCUGGUCGGUUUGCGUUGAGGUUGAUUCAGAUACAGAAGCCGAGCUUCAAACCAAUAUGAAACUCACCUGUAUUUCAUGUACGAAGAGGGAGGAGACAGAAACCGAUACUAUUGUUGAGUGGUCGUACGUCGACGCGGAUGGAAAAGACACUCUAAUUUACAAGUACGACAAAGAGCCCCAAGAACUAGAGGGGCCCUUUCACGGCCGGCUUCUGUGGAACGGAAGUAAAGACCUCCAAGAUGUGUCCAUCUUCAUACUGAACGUCACGUUCAACGACAGCGGUCUGUACCGGUGUAGGGUCACCCGCUAUUUCAACUACAAGAUGCACAGACCUUGUAUAACGGCUGUCAAAGACGUGCAACUCACAGUGCACGAGGACGUCCUUGAAGAUUUCGUCUCCUACAUCUCACAAAUCCUGAUGUACGUUGUCCUGAUUUCUUUCACUGGGUGGCUUGUGAUAGAGAUGAUAUAUUGCUAUCGGAGGAUACUGAGAUCAGAAAAAGCAGCAAGAGACAAAGCUUCCAGAACCUACUUGGCCAUACCCUCUGAAAACACAGACCAUUGCACACUCCUGGUGGAGGAGUAGAAAAGCUUUAACGCUGGACAACUUGACAGCCACUUAAAUACACCAGACAGGGAGAGACUGGAAUAGAAGCAGGAACAUUGAUUGGCCUCGAUUGCUUGUGACUUUCAUUCUUCUUCUUCGCUGUUAUCAAGUCAUAAACGAGAAUCUGAACUCUCCGGUUGUGCAGCACGUCUUUACGAAUCUUUCAGCUUUAGUCUGCCUCGGUUUGGCCGCUGCUUUUCGCCCACAGAAUAUACGGUCAGUUCACUUUGCAGUGUAUUCUGUGAAGCCGAAAAGCCAGUUUGUGCGAACUUUGUGAUUGUGUGAUCAGAUCAGCCGUCAGGCGCUCUGAGACGCCGUCCGGCGCGGAGGGCGCAAUAUAAAUCCAAGU